AUGUUGCCCUAUAUGGACCAAGUUCUGAGGGCAUUUUAUCAGAGUACCCAUUGGAGUACGCAAAAUAGCUACGAGGAUAUUACGGCAACUUCGAGAACACUUUUGGAUUUCCAAAUUCCCUCAGCAAUUCACUUGCAGAUAUCCAAUAAAUCCACUCCCAAUACAUUCAAUUCCUUAGAUUUCUCCACAAGAUCGAGAAUAAAUGGUUCCCUAAGUUAUUUAUACUCUGACGCGCAGGAAUUGGAGAAGUUUAUGCGCAACUCUACUGUUGUCCCAUUACAGGAUGCCACUGAAACAUAUAGGCAGUUGCAACCGAAUUUGAACUUCAGCAGCAAUGGUAGUAACUCAGUGAGCGUUGACGUGAAUGACCUCGAGGUUAAGAAGAAAUUACUUCAUAGUUCGAAAUUUGUGAAGAAAUCUCUUUAUUAUGGUAGAAUGUAUUAUCCAAGCUCAGAUUUGGAGGCAAUGAUAAUAAAACGGCUCACUCCACAAACCCAGCUCAUGCUCAAAGGAGUCAGUAGUUUCAAAGAGAACUUAAAUGUUUUAACAUGCUACUUCCAAACAGACUCUCAUCGGAAUCUACAAGAAUGGAUUUUCUCCACUAGCGAUCUAUUAUGUGGGUACAGAAUAUUGCAUAAUUUCCUUACCACACCAUCCAAGUUUAAUACUUCAUUGUACAACAAUUCCUCGUUGUCACUUGGCGCUGAAUUUUGGUUGGGGUUAGUUAGUUUAAGUCCCGGUUGUUCGACAACUUUAAGAUAUUAUACGCAUUCCACCAACACGGGACGGCCCUUAACUUUAACACUCUCUUGGAAUCCAUUGUUUGGUCAUAUAUCUUCCACGUAUGCUGCCAAAACGGGGACAAACUCCACAUUUUGUGCCAAGUAUGAUUUCAAUCUUUAUUCUAUUGAGUCGAAUCUUUCAUUUGGUUGUGAAUUUUGGCAAAAGCAGCAUCAUCUGCCCAGGAGCAACGCCAAUAAUAGCAAUACAUUGGAGCCAAUCCCGCCUAAGCUGGCGGGUGAAAAUCCUAAAAGGAGAACAACUAAAUUACUGCAUGAAAAUGUACCGAAUCUGAGUACGGUUGAUAACGACACUGCACCCUCAUUAGAUAUACCUGAUCAUAAGCAAAAGUUACUAAAUGACUUGACAUACGCAUUUUCGUCGUCACUAAGGAAAAUAGACGAGGAAAGAUCCACCAUUGAAAAAUUUGACAAGAAAAUAACUAAUUCCAACUUUACCAGUGUUUGGAAGCUAAGUACCUCAUUACGUGAUAGAACUUUAAAACUACUGUGGGAAGGCAAAUGGAGGGGAUUCUUGAUAUCUGCUGGGACAGAACUAGUCUUUACUAAAAGUUCUCAAGGAGCUUCAUCCGACGACGAGAAGGAUAAUGAUGGAGUAUCAAUAUCGGCGGUUGAUACGGAAGAUAAUAAUAUACCAGUUUUCCCGGCGAAGUUUGGUAUACAAUUCCAAUACUCGACAUGA